AUGCGCCCGCCCAGCUAUACUCUCCUGGAAAACCUCAAGCGGAUCAUGCGCUCAAUCAAAUUCUUCGGAAAACGUAAAAGGUCGCUCCGCACGACGGCAUAUGAUAGUACAAUGUAUUGGGAUUGCGAGAAACAUGGCGAACCCUCUUCGAGGGAGGUUUACCUUCCGGCGCGUGUUUGGGACACGCUCAACCCAUCUGAGCGGUACGCAUCGGUCGCGGACCUGUGUGCGCACGCUGGAGAACAACUCCCCAUUCAAAUCGUGAAGCUCAUCGCGAGGGACAUCAUUCGCGAACUGGAAAAGAUACACGCUUCGUGUGGAACGCAUGGAGAUAUAAAUCCAAACACCAUCUUACUCUCUCCAACGGACAUGAGGUGCCUGAUAUUCCAGUUCUGCAAUGGGUCCCAAACAUCCUUGGCGCUCUCAGAAUCAUCUGCGGGCACUCUUCUUGACGAAUUCCUCGCUUCCGCAGACUCCAACCCUAUCUUCCGUUUAUCAACGGUUCCCACAGUACCCGAAGACGGGUACCAUUUGACGUAUGCAGACAGCCCUGCACUACGCGCGCCGGAAUACAUUCUUGGCGGUCCUUGCGAUUCUAGUACGGAUAUCUGGACCCUGGGAUGCGUCCUCUUCGAGCUGCUUACAGGAGAGGCCCUCUUCGAUCCCCAAUUUCAGACGGUCGAACUAGGACUGUCAUCUGACGAAUCGCAUCUCAUUCAAAUAAUUGAACUCUUCGGAACUUUCCCAUUGGAUAUGGUUCUGUCAGGGAAAUACAGCCAGCGCUGGUUUACGCAAGAAGGUAACCUCAAGAUAGACACCACUUACUACCCGAUCUCCCUUGCAACAGUUUUGCAGAGGAAAAUAGCUAGGCGCGACGUCGUUGGAACGGCAGCGUUCCUUGAUGGGCUUCUCCAACUGCAGCCAGAUCACCGAGAAAAGCCGAAAGAUAUCGUCAAUCAUCUGUGGUUUGUGACUUGA